AUGUGGAUACAGAGCGUCGUGUUGACGGCAUUGAUUGCUUUCUUGUCAGCACAAGAAGCCAGUGCAGCUUUUUAUGUGCCAGGCGUAGCACCUGAAUCGUGGGCUGCCGGUGACGUCGUACGUCUUAACGUAAACAAGAUCACGUCGACCAAGACGUUAGUACCAUACGAGUACUAUUAUCUUCCAUACUGUAAACCUGCAUCUAUUCAUGAACAACAGGAAAAUCUUGGAGAGAUUAUGGCUGGUGAUGCUAUUAUGGAUUCACUAUACAAAUUACAGAUGGAAAAGGACGUCAUUUGCCAAGUUUUGUGCAAACCCAUGACGUACACACCUGAACAGUCACAAUCUUUUAUUGACAUGAUCAAGAAUGAUUACUAUGUCCAAUGGGUAGUCGAUAACUUGCCUGUAUUAUACCGUGAUCCAACGGACUCGCAACAGGAUGGAUCUUUUAAACGUGGUUUUCCUGUGGGUGAAGUCGACAAUGAUGGAAAGUAUUUACUGUACAAUCACGUACGCAUUAUCAUUUCUGUCAAUGCGGAUCCGUACGCAGAAGAAGAUGGGAAUGGACCCAAGUGGCGUAUCGUCGGCUUUGAAGUUGUACCUACAUCUAUUAAACACAAUUACGAGAAGGAGCCCACGGUCGGACAGGAACUGGAUUCAGACACGUGUGGCAAGUUUGUUAACAUUGAAGAAGUAUCCCAAGGACACUUUCAAUAUUUGAACACGUCGGGGGAGACCACUGUGCUUUACACGUACGACGUACAAUUUACCAAGUCGGACAUUGUCUGGGAGGAACGUUGGGACCGCAUUAUCAGCAGCAAGAGCUCGAAUGAUCAGAUCCAUUGGUUUUCCAUUAUCAACUCGCUUAUGAUCGUGCUUUUCCUGACUGGUAUGAUUGCAAUGAUUAUGCUCCGCACGCUUCACCGUGAUAUCGCUCGUUACAACGAGGUGCAGACAACGGAAGAGGCUCAGGAAGAGUCUGGCUGGAAGCUUGUCCAUGGCGACGUGUUUCGCCCACCACAGGAUUCACCCAUGCUUUUCUCGGUGGUUGUGGGAACUGGCGUGCAGGUGUGCUCCAUGAGUGCGUCUACGAUGAUUAUUGCACUGCUAGGUCUGCUGUCGCCGGCGAACCGCGGUUCACUGCUGACGACCCUGCUGCUGCUUUUCGUAUUCAUGGGCAGCUUUGCUGGUUAUCACUCGUCGCGUACAUACAAGAUGUUCAACGGCAAGGACUGGAAAAAAACCACCAUUCUCACGGCUGUGUUGUACCCGGGUCUGCUAUUCAGCGUUUUCUUUCUGCUAAAUCUGGUGCUGUGGGGUGAGGCUUCGUCACAGGCUGUCCCGUUUGGCACGCUUUUUGCUCUGCUCGUCCUGUGGUUUGGUAUUUCUGUACCGCUCGUCUUCCUCGGUAGCUACUUUGGUUUUAAGGCUGCUGCCAUUGAGCAGCCUGUGCGUACGAACCAGAUCGCCCGUCAGAUCCCGGAGCAACUUUGGUACCUCACCUCCCCUUUCAGCAUUCUUGUGGGCGGUAUCCUGCCGUUUGGCGCAGUGUUCAUUGAGCUGUUCUUCAUCAUGUCAGCGCUGUGGUUGCACCAGAUUUACUACGUGUUCGGUUUCCUGUUCAUUGUGCUAUUGAUCCUGGUGGCCACGUGCGCGGAGGUGACAAUUGUGAUGUGCUACUUCCAGCUUUGCGCCGAGGACUACCGCUGGUGGUGGCGUGCGCUCUUUACGUCGGGAUCUGCGGCGGUGUAUCUGUACCUGUACUCGUUCCUGUACUUUUUCACGAAGCUGAACAUUACGGCGUUUGUUUCGAGUAUUCUGUACUUCGGCUACAUGUUCCUGAUCUCGAUUACGUUCUUCUUUCUCACUGGAACCAUCGGCUACUUCGCUUGCCUCUGGUUUACGCGCAAGAUUUACAGCUCUGUCAAGAUCGACUAA